CUCCCAAUCACAGGAGGAGGAGGAGGUGGAGGAGGAGGGCUGCUUGAGGAAGUAUAAGAAUGAAGUUGUCGAGCUGAGAUUCCCCUCCUUCGGGACCAGAGAGACCAGGGGAGCCCCACAGGCAGCUGCGCGCCCCUUCCCACGGGGCCCUUUCCGGCGCUGCGCGCCCGGCCUCCACCCGUCGCCGCGCCCCGCUCCCCGCGCCCCACCAGCCGGGUCUAGUCGGAGCCAUGGGGCCAGAGCCGCAGUGAGCACCAUGGAGCUGGCGGCCUGGUGCCGCUGGGGGCUCCUCCUCUCCCUCUUGCCCCCCGGAGCCGCGGGCACCCAAGUGUGCACCGGCACAGACAUGAAGCUGCGGCUCCCUGCCAGUCCCGAGACUCACCUGGACAUGCUCCGCCACCUCUACCAGGGCUGCCAGGUGGUGCAGGGUAACCUGGAACUCACCUACCUGCCCACCAAUGCCAGCCUCUCCUUCCUGCAGGUGAGGCCCAUGGGCAACCCAGCCAGGCCCUGCCUCCAGCUGGGCUGAGCCCUGUUUACAGGAUAUACAGGAGGUGCAGGGCUACGUGCUCAUCGCCCACAACCAAGUGAGACAGGUCCCGCUGCAGAGGCUGCGGAUUGUACGAGGCACCCAGCUCUUUGAGGACAACUAUGCCCUGGCCGUGCUAGACAACGGAGACCCUCUGGACAAUACCACCCCUGUCACAGGGGCCUCCCCAGGAGGCCUGCGGGAGCUGCAGCUUCGAAGCCUCACAGAGAUCUUGAAGGGAGGGGUCUGGAUCCAGCGGAACCCCCAGCUCUGCUACCAGGACACGAUUUUGUGGAAGGACAUCUUCCACAAGAACAACCAGCUGGCUCUCACACUGAUAGACACCAACCGCUCUCGGGCCUGCCACCCCUGUUCUCCGGUGUGUAAGGGCUCCCGCUGCUGGGGAGAGAGUUCUGAGGACUGUCAGAGCCUGACACGCACUGUCUGUGCUGGUGGCUGUGCCCGCUGCAAGGGCCCGCUGCCCACUGACUGCUGCCAUGAGCAGUGUGCUGCCGGCUGCACAGGCCCCAAGCACUCCGACUGCCUGGCCUGCCUCCACUUCAACCACAGUGGCAUCUGUGAGCUGCACUGCCCAGCCCUGGUCACCUACAACACAGACACCUUUGAGUCCAUGCCCAACCCUGAGGGCCGGUAUACAUUUGGCGCCAGCUGUGUGACUGCCUGUCCCUACAACUACCUAUCAACGGAUGUGGGAUCCUGCACGCUUGUCUGCCCCCUGCACAACCAAGAGGUGACAGCGGAGGACGGAACACAGCGGUGUGAGAAGUGCAGCAAGCCCUGUGCCCGAGUGUGCUAUGGUCUGGGCAUGGAGCACUUGCGAGAGGUGAGGGCAGUCACCAGUGCCAAUAUCCAGGAGUUUGUGGGCUGCAAGAAGAUCUUCGGGAGCCUGGCAUUUCUGCCGGAGAGCUUUGAUGGGGACCCAGCCUCCAACACCGUCCCCCUACAGCCAGAGCAGCUCCACGUGUUUGAGACUCUGGAAGAGAUCACAGGUUACCUGUAUAUCUCAGCAUGGCCAGACAGCCUGCCUGACCUCAGCGUCUUCCAGAACCUGCAAGUAAUCCGAGGACGAAUUCUGCACAAUGGCGCCUACUCGCUGACCCUGCAAGGGCUGGGCAUCAGCUGGCUGGGGCUGCGCUCACUGCGGGAACUGGGCAGUGGACUGGCCCUCAUCCACCACAAUGCCCGCCUCUGCUUCGUGCACACGGUGCCCUGGGACAAUCUCUUCCGGAACCCGCACCAAGCCCUGCUCCACACUGCCAACCGGCCAGAGCAUGAGUGUGUGGGCAAGGACCUGGCCUGCCACCCGCUGUGUGCCCGAGGGCACUGCUGGGGUCCCGGGCCCACCCAGUGUGUCAACUGCAGCCAGUUCCUUAGGGGCCAGGAGUGCGUGGAGGAAUGCCGAGUACUGCAGGGGCUCCCCAGGGAGUAUGUGAAUGCCAGACACUGUUUGCCGUGCCACCCUGAGUGUCAGCCCCAGAAUGGCUCAGUGACCUGUUCUGGACCGGAGGCUGACCAGUGUGUGGCCUGUGCCCACUACAAGGACUCUCCUUUCUGCGUGGCCCGCUGCCCUAGCGGUGUGAAACCUGACCUCUCCUACAUGCCCAUCUGGAAGUUUCCAGAUGAGGAGGGCACAUGCCAGCCUUGCCCCAUCAACUGCACCCACUCCUGUGUGGACCUGGAUGACAAGGGCUGCCCCGCCGAGCAGAGAGCCAGCCCUCUGACGUCCAUCAUCUCUGCGGUGGUGGGCAUUCUGCUGGUCAUGGUCUUGGGGCUGCUCCUUGGGAUCCUCAUCAAGCGACGGCAGCAGAAGAUCCGGAAGUACACAAUGCGGAGGCUGCUGCAGGAAACCGAGCUGGUGGAGCCGCUGACACCGAGCGGAGCCAUGCCCAACCAGGCACAGAUGCGGAUCCUGAAAGAGACUGAGCUGAGGAAGGUGAAGGUGCUUGGAUCCGGAGCUUUUGGCACAGUCUACAAGGGAAUCUGGAUCCCUGAUGGGGAGAAUGUGAAAAUUCCAGUGGCCAUCAAAGUGUUGAGAGAAAACACAUCCCCUAAAGCCAACAAAGAAAUCUUAGACGAAGCAUACGUGAUGGCUGGUGUGGGCUCCCCAUAUGUCUCCCGCCUCCUGGGCAUCUGCCUGACAUCCACAGUGCAACUGGUGACACAGCUUAUGCCCUAUGGCUGCCUCUUAGACCAUGUCCGGGAACACCGAGGACGCCUGGGCUCCCAGGACCUGCUGAACUGGUGUGUGCAGAUUGCCAAGGGGAUGAGCUACCUGGAGGAUGUGCGGCUCGUACACAGGGACUUGGCUGCUCGGAACGUGCUGGUCAAGAGUCCCAACCAUGUCAAGAUUACAGACUUCGGGCUAGCUCGGCUGCUGGACAUUGAUGAGACAGAAUACCAUGCAGAUGGGGGCAAGGUGCCCAUCAAGUGGAUGGCAUUGGAGUCCAUUCUCCGCCGGCGGUUCACCCACCAGAGUGAUGUGUGGAGUUACGGUGUGACUGUGUGGGAGCUGAUGACUUUUGGGGCCAAACCUUACGAUGGGAUCCCAGCGCGGGAGAUCCCUGACCUGCUGGAGAAGGGGGAGCGGCUGCCCCAGCCCCCCAUCUGCACCAUUGAUGUCUACAUGAUCAUGGUCAAAUGUUGGAUGAUUGACUCUGAAUGUCGGCCAAGAUUCCGGGAGUUGGUGUCUGAAUUCUCCCGAAUGGCCAGGGACCCCCAGCGCUUUGUGGUCAUCCAGAAUGAGGACUUGGGCCCGGCCAGUCCCUUGGAUAGCACCUUCUACCGCUCACUGCUGGAGGACGAUGACAUGGGGGACCUGGUGGAUGCCGAGGAGUAUCUGGUGCCCCAGCAGGGCUUCUUCAGCCCAGACCCUGCCCCAGGUGCUGGGGGCAUGGCCCACCACAGGCACCGCAGCUCAUCCACUAGGAGUGGCGGUGGGGACCUGACGCUAGGGCUGGAGCCCUCUGAAGAGGAGGCCCCCAGGUCUCCACGGACACCCUCCGAAGGUGCUGGCUCCGAUGUAUUUGAUGGUGACCUGGGAAUGGGGGCAGCCAAGGGGCUGCAAAGCUUCCCCCCACACGACCCUAGCCCUCUACAGCGGUACAGUGAGGACCCCACAGUACCCCCGCCCUCUGAGACUGAUGGCUACGUUGCCCCCCUGACCUGCAGCCACCAGCCUGAAUAUGUGAACCAGCCAGAUGUUCGGCCACAGCCCUCUUCGCCCCAAGAGGGUCCUCUGCCUCCUGCCCGACCUGCUGGUGCCACUCUGGAAAGGCCCAAGACUCUCUCCCCAGGGAAGAAUGGGGUCAUCAAAGACGUUUUUGCCUUUGGGAGUGCCGUGGAGAACCCCGAGUACUUGGCACCCCGGGUAGGAGCUGCCCCUCAGCCCCACCCUCCUGCCUUCAGCCCAGCCUUCGACAACCUCUAUUAUUGGGACCAGGACCCAUCAGAGCGGGGGGCUCCACCCAGCACUUUCGAAGGGACCCCUACGGCAGAGAACCUAGAGUACCUGGGUCUCGACGUACCGGUGUGAACCAGAAGGUCAAGUCCGCAGAGGCCCUGAUGUGUCCUCAGGGAGUGGGGAAGGCCUGACUUCUGCUGGCAUCAAGAGGCAGGAGGGCCCCCUGGCCACUUCCAGCGGGGCUUGCUGUGCCGGGAGCCUGUCCUAAGGAAACUUCCUUCUGCCUGAGUUCCCAGGUGGCUGGAAGGGGUCCAGUCUGGUUGGAAGAGGAACAGCACUGGGGAGUCUUGGUGCAUUCUGGAGCCCUGCCCAAUGACUCUAGAGCCCAGUGGAUGCCAUGGCCCAGCCUGGCCCUUUCCUUCUAGAUCCUGGAUACUGGAAGCCUUAGGGAAGCUGGCCUGAGAGGGGAAGCAGCCCUAAGAGAGUGUCUAAGAACAAGAGUGACGCAUUCAGACUGUCCCUGAGACCUAGUACUGCCCCCCGUGGGGAAGGAGCAGCAAUGGUGUCAGCAUCCAGCCCUUGUACAAAGUGCUUUUCUGUUUAGUUUGUACUUUUUUUUUUUUUUAAAGAUGAAAUAAAGACCCAGGGGGAGAAUGGGUGUUAUAUGGGGGGUGGGAUGGCCCUUCACACCCACUUUCUCCAUUUGUAAAUAUAUUUUGGAAACUGC